GCUGCCCAAUCGGAGCCUCCGGCUCUCCCACCCCGCGGGGCGGGGGGUGGGCAUCUCCCCGCCGCCGCCUGAGGAAUGUCAACUAUUCAACAUGGAGACGGCGGUUACCAGGCUCGAGACUAUGUUCCAGAAGGCAGAAUCUGAUCUGGAUUAUAUUCAACACAGACUGGAAUUUGAGAUAAUGAAAAGUCUUCCUGAUAAUCCAGCAGCAGAGGAAAACCCAGUUGCUCUCUUGGAAGAACUCUCUGUGGUGAAAUCUCGUUACAAAACGUUAUGUGUGCAGCUGGAAAAAGUUUCCUUAGAGCAGAGAGAAUCCAUGAAUGGCAUCCGUGCUGCUCUAGAGAACACCAUGAGGAUGGUUCAGGCUCUGCAGCAACGCACUGAUCUCCAGCGCUUGCCUCUGUCAGAAGAAGAACAGGCUGCAGCACAGCAGUUAGGCUGCCAAACUGCUAAAGAAAUGGAAUCACUGGUUGAAAAGCCAUUCUGUUCAGAAUCUGUAGACCCUGACUCAGCUGAAGAGUCACAGUUCAAACCCCUGACUGAAGAAACACUUCUGACUGUGCCAAGGAGUAUCAGAAGCACCGUUAAAUUAGCAGACUUGAACAAUUUGUACAGGGAUUUAUUUAACCACUUUGUUGUAAAUAAGAACAGAGCGGCACUGAGCAUUUCACAGAUGAACAAAAUGAACAUGAGAGCCACUGACACAAGGAUACGGAUCUUGAAAGAGCUUGCUAUUGUGGAACUUGACAAACAAGGCAAUGUUAAGUUAGUCGUGUAAAUGAAGGCCUGGUCCGCCCUCACUGGGCACACAGCACCUUGGCCGUGUCACUGACGGCUGUUUGGUGGCUGGGAGUUACAGAACGCUGCUGAGGGCUGUUAAUAUUUCUGUACACAAAUGCUAUUUCUGGUACUUGAAGAGCUGCAGAAUGAAACCCGUUGAGGUUGGCAUUUCCCCAUGGAUGUUUACACGACUGCAGCCCGUGCGGUUUUUUGAACAGCGCUGUUAACCAGGUGUCAUUUCCGUGUGAUUGCUUGCAUUCCUGAGCCGGGUUUUUGAGACAAAUAACCCGGGCCACUUCAUUGUACUCACAUUCCUGAAUAAAUAAAUGAUGGAAGCAAA